AUGGUUUUCGAGUCUCUAGUAGUAGAGCUCAUCAAUCGAUAUUUAGGGUCAUACAUAGAAACACUUAAUGCAUCUCAACUUAGAAUUGGGCUUCUUGGAGGAAAUGCCCAACUUGAUAAUUUGGAUAUCAAAGCUAACGCAUUUGAUGAUUUGAAUUUGCCCGUCAAAGUCUUGCAGGGUCACAUAAGUUCUUUGACCCUCAAAAUACCUUUCAAGAACCUAUUCACGGAACCCACGAUUGCCGAGUUGACAGGACUUUAUGUUCUUAUUGUUCCAAACAUAGCUGUUCAAUACGAUGAAUCAAAAGAAAAACGUUAUGCUAAGGAGGCAAAACAAAAGGAGUUGGCAAAUGUAGAGGAAGCUCGCUUAAAGCCCAAACAAUCUGAUGAUGCAAAGGUGGAUUCUUUUGGUGAAAAGCUGGCAGCCCAAGUCAUCAAAAAUCUGCAAAUAUCCAUCAAAGAUAUCCAUAUCAGAUAUGAAGACAGCUACAGUAUUCCAAACCGCACUUUCUCACUUGGAUUAACUCUGAGUGAAUUGACCUUCCAGACUUGUGACAGUGACCAAAAGCCCAUUCUCAUUAAAGAUGAAUCUAUUCGUGAAUUUAAUAAGUUUGUAAAACUAACAAGCCUUGGGGUUUACUGGAAUCCACUAUCUGCAAAGUUCGCGGAGAAAGCUAAAAUUCCUCUUAGAAGUGCAAUGCGCAACUCGAUCGCCAGCCCGGAUAAUUUAAAUACCGGCUUCCACUACUUGAUAAGACCAAUUUCAUCUACAGCGAUGCUUCAUAUCCACACAAGACCGGAGGAAACCAACUACUCCAUUCCGCAAAUGGACUUAGUUGUUAACUUUUCCGAAAUUGAACUAAGUUUUAGUCUUUCUCAGUAUCAUGAUGUUACAUCUUUCUUGGAGGCUCAGGACAGACUGAUGAUCCAAGGGAAAUAUCGUAAAUACAGGCCAACAUUAUCCAUUUCCCACAAUUGUAAGGCUUGGUGGAACUUCGCAUACAAUGCCAUUUUAGAAGAGUCUAUUCGUCGCCGACGUCAAAUGUGGUCAUGGGAACACAUAGCAAAACAUAGAAGAAUAUGUCGAGAGUACAUUUCAAUCUGGAAAAGGAAGUUAUCUGGUGAUAAACUCAGUCAAGUUCAGUUGAAUAAUCUGGAGGAAUAUGAAGAAUUUCUGGAUGUGUUCAAUAUUGUAUUAUGUCGACAACAAGCUGAACUCCAGUUUAGUGCUUCUAAACAGAAACGUGAUCAACAGGCUAGCACAAAGAGUGGUGGUUGGUUUGGUUGGUUUUCACGUGGUUCAACUACAUCUGAUGAAUCAGAAAAUUCAUCGGAAGUUGCCUUAAUGAAACGCCUACAAACUGAGAUGACACAAGAAGAGAAGUUGCGAUUAUAUGCUGCUAUUGACUAUUCAGAGACAGCAGCCUCGGGUGUUUCAGGUUCUGCUAUGAAUUUUCCACCUGAUUAUGUGUCUUCUUCCAUCGCUGUUACUUUAAGGCAACUAAGCCUUGUGUUACUGGAUGAUGAAUUAAGUGACCCUAAAGUUCUCAAACUUUCUGUGAAUAAACUCACUGCUGAUGUAAAACAACGUGCUGGUGACAAAGCUUUGGCUGUUGCUUUACGGUUAGACAGUUUAGAAGCUGUAGGAGCCCAGCCAACCUCAAAAGAAUCAUGUCUUGCUAAGUCGUCAGUCAAACCUGUACUCAUAACAAGUCGUGUAAACUAUUCACCAUCUGACAGUACUUCUAAUAAACUCACGACAUCAUCACUAUCCAACCAUUUACUGGUUGUUGAUUUUGAAAAGAAUCCACUUGAUCGUAAGGCUGAUCAGCGUAUAUGCAUUCAGGCUGACCCAUUACAAAUUGUUUAUGAUGCUGAAACUAUCAAUAAGAUUGCUCACUUCUUCACUCCACCAGAGGAUGUUCACUUACAAGAAUUGUCUAAUACAGUACUAUCAUCUUUUGAAGAAGUUAAAGAAGUGACCACAAGUGGUCUACGACAUGUAGCUUCUAAUCGUUCCUACACAGAUGUUCGUAUUGACAUCAAACCCAGCUACUUUAUACUACCAGAUUCUGGAGUUUUCAGAAAUGACUGUCGUCUAUUGUUGGUGGAUCUUGGAAGUUUUACAGUUUAUUCAAGUCGUACAACAGCUCCGUCAAUCUGUAAAACUAAACCAGAUGAAGAUACUUCAAGAAAUAAGAGCCUUGAUGUGGAACCAGUUGCCAAAAACGAUGGGAUAGUGGCACGCGAUUCAAAUCUUAUCAGUAAAAUGAAACAAAAAUCUGGAAAAUUAACGUUUAAUGAAUUGAAAGAUGAAGCCUAUGAUAAAUUCCAUAUCAAUUUGUCAUCAGUUCAAGUUAUAAUGGUUAACGAAGGUCAGGAUUGGAGAGCUCUACGACAAAUGAAUAAAUCAUCAAGUCAUAUCCUCAGACCGUUGGGUUUGAACUGUACACUUAAACGCUGUUUAUUGCGUAAUGAUAUCAAUCUACCGAGAAUUAUUGUCGAUGGUUGUUUACCUGUGUUCAGUGUGGAUUUCACAGAUGUAAUUCUAAAAUCCUUAUAUGAAUUAAUUGUGAAUGUUCCAUUCCCAGAGCCAGAUAAAAGUCUCACUACACCAGCAAAUCCAGAUGAAUUAUUAAAAGAUGUUGUACUCGUACCUAACUCAAUAACCCCUGGGUCUGUACUAGCUACAAGAGAUUUACUUAGAGUUACUCGUCAGAUGAAAAGAAAUGACAGUGGUUCUACUUUGAGUAGUUGGACAUCAGAUACAAUAGAUGAUUUACAGGAAGAAAGUGAGAACGACCAAACUAGCCAACAAUCAAGAUCAGAUGGUGAUUUAAACGAAAAAGAUGACCAUACCAGUCGGUUGAUGGAACAUGACAAGUCUAGAUUAUCAGCUGUUAAGUCUUCGCGUCAACGUGAUAUAUCUAAUCUACGUCGUAAACGAGCACAGUUGAUUGAUUUGAAAUUGGAUUUUGUUAUACGCAGGAUUGAAGUUCAAGUACUGGAACGUCCAGCAGUAAAAAGUGCUGACGAUCGCCUUAUUCUGUCUCUCAAUGUACAUGAAGUUGGUACUAGUUUAAUUAAACGUCGUUGGACUCAAGAAAUUCAGGCACAUAUUGGUACAUUACUAGUUUUGGUGCCACAGUUUACACAGAAAGAAACUCAUGAACCAAUGUAUUUAGCACGUACGAAGCGUCAUACAGAAGGUCAUCAUCUACUAUCGGUACAUUUAACCGUUGCUGAGAAAAAUGCGCCCGACUUUGAUACACAAUAUCAGAACAUACGUCAUCGUUUGCAAUGUGAUUUCAAAGUGUUGGAUGUCUAUGUUCAUCAAGAGGCUACCUUAUUACUGAUGAAUUAUUUCAAUAAUUUAUUAUUAUCACUGUCUAAAGAAAUGAAAAAGGUUGAUCAUUCAUCAGAAAUUGAAUGGGCUACUACUAUUGGAGAUGAAGAAGGUUUAAAACAAGCCAAACUUCGUCAAGCUUUAGAAGCUGAAAUGAAUGAACAGUUGCCUGGACGAUUAACUGCUGCAAAUGCAGUCGAAAGCCAUAUUGCUCGAAAGAAUGAACGUCGAAAUAUACGUAUUGAAGCAGCUUCUGUAGCACAGAAAACAGGUAAAGUUGCGCUUAUUCGUGAGUUGAAUAUCACUCAAUGGAUGGUGAAUGCAACCAUGGACAAAGUUGAAAUCACACUAGGUUCAAAAGAGAACAACUUAUUUUCAACUACUGUUAAUGGUCUAAGAAUGGAUGUCCGUACAACGUAUAAUAUUAUAGAAGUUUCCGCAAUCUUAUCCGAAUUCAGUGUUAUUGACCAUAUCUCAAAUACAUCUUAUCGAAAAAUUUUAUGGGUUGAUCCAACGGAGAAUAUUGUUUCACUUCAAUUUACACAUUUCCAAGAAGGUACUAAAUCUUCUGAGAAUGCAACUGAUCCAGACAAAGUGGACAUGGCUAUUAGUCUUCAAAUAGGAAAAUUACAUUUGAUUUUCUUGUAUCAUUUUAUUACACGCGUAUUGAAUUUUAUGCAAGCCUACCAGGAUGCCGCUCAUGUUAUGCUAAAUAAAGUUCAAGCCUUUUCUGAUGCAGCUGUUCAUCAAGUCCAGCAAGCUGUUGAUAACUCGUUACAAACGCGUCUAAGUUUAGAUAUCAUUGCUCAAGCUCCAGUUAUAUAUAUUCCGCAACACUCAUUGUCAGAUGUAUCUCUAAUGCUUGAUUUUGGUCGUAUCACAUUGACGAACCAUUUUGAAUUUAUGCAUUCUUCAAGUCAGUUACCUGAUACUCAAACUCUAGUUCCUGAACCAGGGAUCAUGUUAGAACAUAUGGUAGUCAAAUUAGAAAACCUAAGAUUAUCAAGAAUAAUGCUUACAGAGAAUUCUGUAACAGCUGAAAAACAUGUUUUACUCCCGGUUAAUGUUGAAUUAAAAAUGCGUCGAAAUCUCAACCCUGAGAUUUUUGCUGAAAUACCAAUUUUGCUGGUUAACGGUGGUUUAAAUGCAAUUAGUAUUUCAAUGUCUCAAGGAGAUUAUCGUAUUGUUCAAGAGGUGCUAAUUGAUAAUUUCAGUGAGUCACCACCACCUGUAAAAUCCCAAAAGACAUCAACUGUGUCUGCAGAUUCUUCGAAAGAUCCUUCUACUUCUCCUCAUACACCAAGUAGUGUUCAGAAUUCUGCACAGCUUAAUGGAGGUGAAUCGAUGUCAACACAAAAACCUUAUAUUAAUAAUAAAACCUCUCCUCAACCAGUUGUUGAAAACAAAGGCUUAGUUAGAACUGCAGUCAGAUUUAACUUAGGAAUGGAAAGUAUCACUCUUAAAUUGUACACUGGUGAUCAACCAAAGAGUGAAUGGAACAGUAGUUUUCCAGAAGAUAAACAACUAGCUAUUGUUGAUCUUACACAAUUCAGUGUAUCUGGUCAGAUAGCCUUAGAUUCUUCUUCUCAGAUUACUGCUAAACUUCAUGAUAUCAAGUUGAAAGAUAGUCGACCUGGCUCAGACAAGCAAAUAACGAAAGGUCAAAUAUUAAGGAUUUUAGAUCAUCCUGAUACAGAUGAUAAUCAUCAUGACGAGUUGAUUUAUGUUGAAUUCAAACAAGAUGCUUCGUUGAAUAAAAAAAUUGGAAUCAGUCUGCGUAGUAUCUAUUUAUGUGCCUCAAUGGACUACCUGAUGUCUCUGGCAGAUUUCCAACUACAAAGUACACCAACUUCUAAAAAGGAAUUAAAUGACUCGAACUCAAUUACUGAUAAAGGGAAACAGAAACGUCCAAAUAAUGCAUCGUCUACAAAAAUAAAACGACCUAAAACUGAACAGUUGCCAACCACCUAUCCCUAUAGCUUGGAAUUGAAGGUUCAAAUAGCUAAUCCUGAACUUGUUCUUGUGGAGGAUAUCUACAAUGUAGAUAGCAAUGCACUCAAACUUACGACUGCCUUGAGCUUCACCUACAGUAUGCAGCAAGAUGUCAUUGUUAUGAACGCUUUAAUCAAUGGUCUGUCUGUUGCCGCCUGCCCUUACAAUGAAAAAGUUGGUGGAACAUUUUCUAAGGAGAUUUUAUCACCAUCUGACUUGAGUUUUUACUCAUCUCAGUCAGUCAAUGGUAGUAUUCAUGGAACACUACACAUGGACAUGUUAACCAUCAACAUUAACCGAAUACAAUCAGACUAUUAUCAUCUAUUUCUUCUUCUGUUCAAUCUUCAAUAA